AUGAUAGGAGUCCUCGGUAUCCAUGGCACCAGCGGUAACCAGGGCACCCGCGGCACCGGCACCCAUGGCACCACUGGCACCAAUGGCACCAGUGGCAUCCCCAGCGCCAGUGGCAUCCCCAGCGCCAGUGGCAUCCCCAGCGCCAGUGGCAUCCCCAGCGCCAGUGGCAUCCCCAGCGCCAGUACCAUGAACAUUUUGAGUAUUAGCCAUUACAUAGAGGGGCACACAUGGGGGAACAGACGGGGAGACACAUUGUGA